UAUAUUCUCUACCUAGGUGAUUUCAUCCAUUAACAACUAUGUGCUGCCAAUUUCCAAUUUUUUAUCUCAGACUCCUCUCCUGCAGUCCAGAUCCUUAUAUCCAACUGCCUGUUGGACAUCUCCCCCAACAUGUUCUCAAGGUAUAUAAGAAUUAAAUUCUGAAUAAGUCUACAAGUAGGAUGGACAGUUAUUUUAAAGCAGCAGUCAGUGACUUGGACAAACUCCUUGAUGAUUUUGAACAAAAUCCAGAUGAACAAGAUUAUCUUCAAGAUGCACAAAAUGCAUAUGAGUCUAACUACUGCUCAGUUUCUUCAGAGUUGGCUUCCUCACAAUUAACUUCACCUCUACCGAAGGAUCAACAGUGCAUUAAUUGUUUUGCCUCAUCAGAAACAUGCUAUGAAACAAAUCAGAUCUCACUGAACGAGAAAACAUAUGAGGGACUAACUCCUAUGCAAAAUGAAAAAAAUGUAACAGGACUUGAUCUCCUUUCUUCCGUAGAUGGUGGCACUUCAGAUGAAAUCCAGCCUUCAUAUAUGGGACGAUGUAGUAAACCUGUCUGUGAUCUGAUAAGUGACAUGGGUAAUUUAGUUCAUGUAACUAAUAAUGAAGAAGAUAUUAAAAAUUUAUUGCCAGAUGAUUUUAACUCUAGUGCAGAUUCUUUGAUUAGGUUGGAUUUAUCUCCAGUGUCAGAAACCCUUUGUGUUUCUUCAGCAGACCAUGGUAAUGAUACUAUCAGAGAGGAACAGAAUGAUGUCAACUCUGAGUUACAAAAUACAGAAAUCAGUGGGACUCAAGAAUUGGAUAUAAAUGUUAUAAAUGUAGAUACAACACUUUCAGAUUCAUUUAAUUACAACGGAAAAGAAAAUUUCAAGGAUAUUAAGAUCUCUAAUCUGUUAGAACCAGUUUUUGAUUUGAAUAUGCCAUCUGCCUCAACUCAGCAAGGUUCCAAAAUGUUUGAUGCCAAGGACAUUCCACAACACAAUCAGCCAUGUGAAUUAGUAAAAGCUGAUGGCUGUGAGGUAAAAGAGGAGGUACAUGUGGCAGUCAUAGCUGCCACAGAAUGUUUAAAAGAAAGUGGCAGCCCAAAUGCUUUGCGUUGUAGUCUAAAAAAUGAAGGUUUAUGCUUGAAUGAUUCAGAUUCAAAAGAUACAAAUUUCAAAUUAACUGACCUCUCCUUUCAAGAAGAUAGGACUGCUACAUUUAUAAAACAAUCUGCAAAAGAAGACUCUAGAAAUAUAGAUCUUAAAGACGAUAAAGAUGCAAACCAAGAUUCCUCUUCAAUUUCACAUGUUUCAAGUGAAGAUAUAUAUUCCUCACUGUCCUGUCUUCCAGCACCUGGGUCUUUGUGUGGAUCAUUAAAUGAAAGUAAAGCACAUGGUAAUUGUUUACCUCAGAGUGAACGUAAAGAUAAUAUACAAGUAGUGACUGUGCAUGAAGAAAUACAGAAGAGUGUUAUCCUAGAUGGGGAAUCAUUGAAGGAAACUGAUCUUCUGAAACAGGAAGAAUGUAAAAGCAUAUUUCAUCAGCCAUUAAUUGAAAAGAUGGGAGAUAGAAAGGUAGAUCCUGAUGAGAUGGUAAUCAGAGUUGAAUCUUUGGAUUACUCUGAUAACACCAGUUCUUCUACAGCUGUGGAAUCUCAAAUUGAGCUUUCUGGUGCUAAUGCCCCAGAGUCUCUUGAUCAUUGUGAAGGUCUCCCUUUUUCAAGCAGUGAUAUUGAUGGGCAAGACUUAGAUUACUUUAAUAUUGAUGAAGGCAUGAAAAGUGGCAUACUAGUUAGUGAUGCCGAACUUGAUGCCUUUCUGACUGAACAGUAUCUUCAGACCAGUAACAUAAAGUCGUUAGAAGAAAAUGUAAAUGAUUCAAAAUAUCCAAUAAAUCAAAUAGAUAUGAAAGACCUAGAUGAUGGAAAUGUCAAUAAUAUAUAUUUCAAUGCUGAAGCAGGAGCUACUGGGGAAAGUCCUGGUGUUAUGAUUUGUGAAACAGUUGAUAAACAAAACACAACAGAAAAUGGUGGCCUUUCUUUAGGGGAAGAAAGUACAAUAACAGUCGAACAAGGGUUAUCUAGCAGUAAAUCUGAGAUUACACAUGAAUUAUCAGUCUUUGAUAUUAACAGUCAAUCUGUUCAUGUUGGAGGGGCUAGACCUAAGCAGUUGUUUGGCGUUCCAUCAAGAACAAGGAGUUCAAAGGAACCAAAUAAAAUGGAUGUUCCAGAUACGCCUGAAAGUGUACCCAGCAUAACAGAUACCAUUGCUCCAACUACUUGUACUACAGAUUCUACAACUGAUCCUCAGAUUAGCUUCAACUCUAACUACAUUGAUAUAGAAAGUAAUUGUGAAGGUGGAUCCAAUCUUGUAACUGAAAACAAAGAAUCUCUACCUGCAAACACUUGCAAAGAAGGCCUGGUUUUGGGCCAGAAACAACCUACUUGGGUUCCUGAUUCAGAAGCUCCAAACUGUAUGAACUGCCAAGUCAAAUUUACUUUUACGAAGCGGCGGCACCAUUGCCGAGCAUGUGGGAAAGUAUUUUGUACUGUCUGUUGUAAUAGGAAGUGUAAGCUGCAGUAUCUAGAAAAGGAAGCAAGAGUAUGUGUGGUCUGCUAUGAGACUAUUAGUAAAGCUCAGGCAUUUGAAAGGAUGAUGAGUCCAACUGGUUCUAGUCUUAAAUCUAAUCAUUCUGAUGAAUGUGCCACCAUCCAGCCUCUUCAGGAGACCCAAACAUCCAGUGUACCUUCACCUACUACUUUACCAAUCUCAGCACUUAAACAACCAAAUGUCGAAGGAUUAUGCUCCAAAGAACAGAAGAGAGUAUGGUUUGCAGAUGGUAUAUUGCCCAAUGGUGAAGUUGCGGAUACAACAAAAUUAUCAUCUGGAAGCAAAAAAUGUUCUGAAGACUUUAGUCCUCUCUUACCAGAUCUGCCCUUGACAGUAAAUACAGUGGAUCAUGCCUAUUCUACUACAGUGGAAAAACCAAACAAUGAGAUAGGUGCUAUUACAAGAAACGAGAUCAUUCAGAUUCCAUCUAUAGAAAAACUGCCCAUAAGCACAAGAACUGAGGGAUUGCCUACUUCUGGUUCUUUUACACUAGAUGAUGAUGUUUUUGCAGAAGCUGAGGAACUAUCUAGUCCUAAUGUCUUACCUAACAGCAAUUUACCUAUUGCUAGUACUUCAGAUUAUAGGUUACUGUGUGGUAUUGACAAGAAUGUUUGUAAUAAGAUCAGUCUUCUUCCUAAUGAUGAGGACAGCCUGCCCCCUCUUCUGGUUGCAACUGAAGAAAAGGGAUCAGUGCCUGUAGUAGAAGAACACCCAUCUCAUGAGCAGAUCAUUUUGCUUCUUGAAGGCGAAGGUUUUCAUCCUGUUACAUUUGUCCUAAAUGCUAAUCUACUUGUGAAUGUCAAGUUAGUAUUUUAUUCCUCAGACAAAUAUUGGUACUUCUCAACCAAUGGAUUGCGUGGCUUAGGACAAGCAGAAAUUAUUAUUCUAUUGUUACGUUUGCCAAAUGAAGAUAUUAUUCCCAAGGACAUCUUCAGACUCUUUAUCUCCAUAUAUAAGGAUGCUCUAAAAGGAAAAUACAUAGAAAACUUGGACAGUGUUACCUUUACUGAGAGUUUUCUCAGUAGUAAGGACCAUGGAGGAUUUCUGUUUAUUACACCUACUUUUCAGAAACUUGAUGAUCUCCCAUUACCAAGUAAUCCUUUUCUUUGUGGAAUUCUUAUCCAGAAGCUAGAGAUUCCCUGGGCAAAGGUUUUUCCUAUGCGUUUGAUGUUGAGAUUGGGUGCAGAAUAUAAAGCAUACCCGGCCCCUCUAACAAGUAUAAGAGGCCGAAAACCUCUGUUCGGAGAAAUAGGACACACUAUUAUGAACUUACUUGUUGACCUUCGAAAUUACCAGUAUACCUUGCAAAAUAUAGAUCAGCUGUUGAUUCAUAUGGAAAUGGGGAAAAGUUGCAUAAAAAUACCUCGGAAAAAAUACAGUGAUGUAAUGAAAGUAAUAAAUUCUUCUAAUGAGCAUGUCAUUAGUAUUGGAGCUAGUUUUAGUACAGAAGCAGAUUCUCAUCUAGUCUGUAUACAGAAUGAUGGAGUUUAUCAAACACAGGCCAACAGUGCCACUGGCCAUCCUAGAAAAGUGACAGGUGCAAGUUUUGUAGUAUUCAAUGGAGCUCUAAAAGCAUCUUCAGGAUUUCUUGCUAAGUCCAGCAUAGUUGAAGAUGGCUUAAUGGUACAGAUAACUCCAGAGACCAUGGAUGGCUUGCGGCUAGCUCUACGAGAACAAAAAGACUUUAAAAUUACAUGUGGGAAAGUUGAUGCUGUAGACCUGAGAGAAUAUGUAGAUAUCUGCUGGGUAGAUUCUGAAGAAAAAGGAAAUGGAGGUAUUAUUAGUUCCGUGGAUGGAUUGUCAUUACAAGGAUUUCCAAGUGAAAAAAUAAAACUGGAAGCAGAUUUUGAAACUGAUGAGAAGAUUGUAAAGUGUACGGAGGUCUUCUACUUUCUAAAGGACCAGGAUUUAUUUGUUUCAGCAACUCGUUAUCAAUUUGCAAAAGAAAUAGCCAUGGCAUGUAGUGCUGCACUGUGCCCUCAUCUGAAAACUCUAAAGAGUAAUGGGAUGAAUAAAAUUGGCCUAAGAGUUUCCAUUGACACUGAUAUGGUUGAAUUUCAGGCAGGAUCUGAAGGCCGACUACUUCCUCAGCAUUAUCUAAAUGACCUUGAUAGUGCUCUAAUCCCUGUGAUCCAUGGUGGGACCUCCAACUCUACUAGUUUACCAUUAGAAAUAGAAUUAGUGUUUUUCAUUAUAGAAAAUCUUUUUUAGUGAAAAGAUUUUAGUGAGUCAAAUUACAUAUUGCAAACUGAUUUGUUAAAACUAACUCUAGCACUAAACCUGAAAUGCCACAAACACUAAAAGUAAUUAUGUUUGAUGUUUGAAACACAUAAGCUUUGCUUUUUAGUCAGGAAUGAUCUUUUUAAAUCAUUAGCACAAUUUAAAUCUCUGAAAAUUGAAGAGAUCCAGUUUUUGAAGCUUUACACUUAAUACAAAUACUAAAAAGACAAGGAUUUCUUCUGUCUUUAAAAAAUUUGUAGCAUUUCCUGUGUUAUUCAAAUGCUAUGCCAAAGUAUCUGCACUUAGGUAUACCUCUUUAUUCCAAGAUCAAUUUUAAUGAAGGCUCUUUUCAGAUGUAACCUCAUAAGGGAAAUAACUGUUUUCUGUAUAUGCCAGUUAGAUUACUGGUUUCUAAAGUCUAUUAAAAAUGUAUUUCAAUGGCAUAGACCAGUUUCCAGAUCUUAGACUUAAUAUAAUUGUUUGAAUAAGGCAGAUAACUUAUUUGUGUAAUUGGAGUGGUGACCUACCUCCAUGACUAGAUAAACUGUUUGGAUUAAAAUCAGAAUUUUGUCUUCUUUCUUCUCAAAUUAUAUAUAUAUAUGUGUGUAUAUAUCUGUAUACACACACACAUAUAUGGUUUUUUCUUGAUUAAAUAGGUAUUCUUAAAAUAAUUGUGGGUGCUUCAGGAUUUUGUGCUUCUAUAUUUAUGUUUUUAUAGCAAGAAUGUGAUUCGGUAUGUGUUUUAUAAAUCUUUAAUAAUUUAUAAAUGGGUAAUAUUUUUAUAUUGCAGUGCAUUAGUUUUUCUCCUUUCUUUCCAAAGUAUACCACUGUAUUUACCACUUCUAAGAGUGAUUGACGACAGGCCAGGUGACCCUCGAAAUAGUCAUUAUGUAGCAAUAAAUGAAGCCUGAAACAGGUUGUUUUUUUUGUUUUGUUUUGUUUUUGUUUUUUUUUUACUUUUAAACCUUUAAAGUUUCUUGGCAAGUCUACAUAUUUUCAUUGGCACGAAUGUUUUAAAUACAGAUUUUAAUGAACUAAUUACUUUUGCAUAUUUUAAAUUCUUUAUAUGGUAGUUAUUUUUUUAUAACAGAAUAUUAACAUAAGUUAAAUUCUAUGUAUUUAAAACUGUUACAGAGCUUUCCUCUUUACUUCACAGAGCAAAAUAAGAAAAGUAUGAAAUGGGCAUAUUUUAGUCCUGUCAUUUAAGUUAUAUAAAAUAUCAUUAUUUUGAUGCUUUAUUCUUAUGUGGAAUAUAUGUUUUUGUAUCAAAAACACUUGUAUAUCUCAAGAAAAAGAAAUUAUACUAAAUAGCCCUGUUUUAAGAAAAAUAUGAAGCAACUCAGUUGAAGACCACAUAGGGUUAUAACUCAGGAACUAAGGUCUCAGGCUAGGAGAGACUAGGAAUUUUAAUCAGAUUGGUCAUAUGGUUCCUCUUGAAUCACAUCUAUAGUACUAGCCAAAGACACAGUAUGUAGGAGAAUAUCAGUCUUCUGGAAGAAGCUCCUUCAUAAACAAUGUAAAAUGUUACAGAUAUUAAAUAAAGUGGCAAAAGGUAAUAACUUAUGAAAUUUAUUGAAACAGUAUAAGGUAAAAACAAUUAUAUAUCAAACACAAUUUAUGUUUUUAUAUAGUAUGUUUAUUUUGCAACAUAAAUUAUUGCACAAUCUAUGAAUAAGAACUUACCUUAAAAUAACCAAACAGUGGAAGGCACUUUCCAUGAUGGGAUAGCUUUGGAUUUGUUUUCAAAAAAUCUCUACAUUUAAUAAAAAUUGGAAUGAUGUGCCUUUGGAGGCACAUUUUAAAGUAUUCUUUGUAGAUGUAUGUUUCUGAAUGCAUUUGUUACUUAUUUGAUCAUGUUCUUCACAUUGGUACUUAAUUUGAAAUUUUAAUUUUUUAAAGCUGAAAAAAUACAAUGGUUCUUUAUACUCACUUCUGCAAUGAUCUGUUUUUGCUUUCAUGCCUUUUAAUACUACUCUCUCUGAAUUUUGAAACAUGAAGUAAAAUCUAACUCAUUGUUUUCUGUA